AUGAUCAGCAACCCCCCAGAAGCUAGGCAGGGCAGCACCAUCCACAUCCCGAGGCAGCAGCUUCCUGAGGCUGCAGAGGGGAUUCCUUUCAGCAACUGCAACCCCCUCGAGCAGCCUCCGACUCCCCGACCACUGCCCUGCCCAGCCUCCUCCUGCCGGCCCCGCCCCCCUCACCCCUCGGCCUCCGACUCCCCGACCACUGCCCGGCCCAGCCUCCUCCUGCCGGCCCCGCCCCCCUCACCCCUCGGCCUCCCCGACCACUGCCCGGCUCAGCCUCCUCCUGCCUGCCCGGCCCAGCCUCCUCCGGCCUGCCCCGCCCCCCUCACCCCUAGCCUCCCACUCCCCGACCACUGCCCGGCCCAGCCUCCUCCUGCCUGCCCCGAUCCCCCUCACCCCUCGGCCUCCCACUCCCCGACCACUGCCCGGCCCAGCCUCCUCCUGCCGGCCCCGCCCCCCUCACCCCUCGGCCUCCCCGACCACUGCCCGGCUCAGCCUCCUCCUGCCUGCCCGGCCCCCUCACCCCUCAGCCUCCCCGACCACUGCCCGGCUCAGCCUCCUCCUGCCUGCCCCGCUCCCCCUCACCCCGCGGCCUCCCACUCCCCGACCACUGCCCUGCCCAGUCUCCUCCUGCCUGCCCCGCUCCCCUCACCCCUAGCCUCCCACUCCCCGACCACUGCCCUGCCCAGCCUCCUCCUGCCUGCCCCGCCCCCCUCACCCCUAGCCUCCCACUCCCCGACCACUGCCCUGCCCAGCCUCCUCCUGCCUGCCCCGAUCCCCCUCACCCCUCGGCCUCCCACUCCCCGACCACUGCCCUGCCCAGCCUCCUCCUGCCUGCCCCGCUCCCCUCACCCCUAG